GGUUCACUGAAGCAUAAAAGGUUUUCUGAAGAUAGCUUGAGAGGGAUGGGGAGAGGAAAGGUACAACUAAGGAGGAUAGAGAACAAGAUCAACAGGCAGGUAACUUUCUCAAAGAGGAGAGGUGGCUUAUUGAAGAAAGCCCAUGAAAUUUCAGUUCUUUGUGAUGCUGAAGUUGCUUUAAUUGUCUUCUCCAACAAAGGAAAGCUCUUUGAGUUUUCUACUGACUCUUGCAUGGACAGCAUCUUGGAGCGAUAUGAGCGAUAUUCUUACACUGAGAGACAGCUAGUUGCAGCGGAUGCUACUCCGAGAAGUUGGACCCUAGAGUACAAUAAACUGAAAUCUAGGGCUGAGCUUUUGCAAAGAAAUCACAGGCACUAUAUGGGUGAGGAUAUUGAGUCACUGAGCUUGAAAGAAAUCCAAAAUCUGGAGCAACAGCUUGACACUGGUCUCAAGAACAUUCGAACAAGAAAGAACCAACUCCUGCAUGAAUCAAUCUCCGAGCUUCAGAAAAAGGGAAAGGCCAUACAGGAGCAAAACACUACUUUGACAAAGAAGAUCAAGGAGAAGGAGAAAGACAAGACAAUACCACAAAACACUCAAUGGGAGAUGCACAACUAUGUCGACCACGACACAACCUUCCUCAUGCCGCCCCCACCUCCCGCUCUCAAUAUGGGGGGUGAUUACAACCAUGGUGGUGGUGGUAGUAGUGAAGGAGCUGAUGGGAGGACCAAUGAGCUUGACCUAAGUCUGCAGCCAAUAUAUUCUUGCCACAUGAGGUGCUUUCCUUCCUAAAGUGAUCACCAGCUGGUAGCCAAUCAACGCUUUAGUGAUUAUGCUAAUGAUAAAUUAAUCAUGAAAUUAAGAAAAUAAUAAAAAGAAAAACCAACAAUCAUUUAAGUGUGGUGUGUUUGCUCAUGACUAUUUGGCUUAUGUAAACUAAUCUUAAACAAUGUGAUGUGUUUGCUGAAAAAUUACUAUGUGAUGCAUGUAUAAAACAGGAUUUAUUAAUUGUAUGUUGGUGUGUGACGUUUUAUAA